UGCGUAGCUUUAAAGGAAGAGCAACUUGAGUUGAAAAUGUAAUUUGAUAUUCUGUACUGCAUAUUGAUUCCAGUAAACUUCUGACUGGUUUGCGAUUCAGCCAUUGCAGCGUUGGUUUUCCAAGAUGCCGGAAGCUGAUAAAUUGUUGAAAAUUGCCCCAGACACCGUCGUAUGUGUGAAUGCUGAAAUCAAGGGUGAUGUUACGAUUGGCUCCAAGACAAUAAUCCAUCCAAAAGCUCGAAUAUGUGCGCAAGAUGGGCCAAUUAUAAUUGGAGAAGGAAAUCUCAUUGAGGAACAGUCACUUAUAAUUAACAAAAAUAUACCAGGAGAGACAGAAGGACAACCACUCAUCAUAGGAAAUUAUAAUGUAUUUGAAGUUGGGUCAGUUUGCGAGACAAAAGCUGUUGGAGACAAUAAUAUUAUAGAAUCAAAAGCUAAGGUUGGUCCGUACACUGAAUUGACAAAUGGAUGUGUGAUUGGUGCACUUUGUGAAGUCAACACUAACGAAAUUUUACCUGAAAACACCUUAAUUUGUGGAGAAGAUUAUUUAAGAAGACGUUUGAAUGAACAUCCUCAGCCUCAGCACCAGCAGCUUGAUUACUUGAGAAAGAUUUUACCCAACUACCAUUAUUUACAGAAGUCUCCUAAGAAAUCAACAUCUUGAAAGUGUAUCUACAAAAACUUGUUUCUUAGGUGUUGCACUUACAUAUUAAGCAUACAAAUGCAACACGAUCAACAGACACAUUUCGUAUCUGUGUGUUCUGCGCAGUCAAUAUCAAAACUCUUAUACUUUUCAACACAAUAAAAUAUUUAUUAAAAUCUACAUCAUUGCAAAUCAAAAAGUCUUCAAUAAUUUAAUCGUAAGAUGAUAGAUACUGUAAUGAAUGUACCUAUUAAGUCGGUCAGCAGUAAUAGUCUUAAGAGAGCAUGCGAUACUGGAGUAAGACAUAUGCUUUGGAAAAUGAUUCUUCUUAAAUUCUGUUAAAUCAACUUAGAGAUUUGAGUGAUAAUAAUCGCACUAAUCAACAUAGGAAAAAUUCAAUCAUUUUUUACCUCAAAGAUGGCCUGCGUAGUGCAAGUGUUUGCUGACAAUAUAUUUUGGUAGUCGAAAUCGGAACAGUGACAGACGUAACGAAUAUGAUCCCUUCCUAAAGUUGGUAUUCAAAGAAUUACAUUCAGUGCAAAUAAUUAUCCCGAGGCAUCGGGUUUAUUGGUGAAUUGAAUCAAGGGUGAAUAAAACAGUGCUCGUUGUAUGUGUAAGCACAUGAAGGGAAAUUUGACUGGUGAUGCAGAAGGUAUUCAUGUAAGAU